AAACAAGAAGGCAAUGGUGAACAAUUUCUCCCAAGCGGACACUGUGGAGCUCUGUUAUGAGAACGUGAAUGGAUCCUGCAUUAAAACCCCUUACUCGCCGGGUCCCCGAGCAAUCCUGUAUGCUGUCCUGGGCUUGGGGGCUGUGCUGGCAGUGUUUGGGAACUUACUGGUCAUCAUUGCUAUCCUUCACUUCAGACAGCUGCACACACCUACAAACUUUCUGAUCGCGUCCCUGGCCUGUGCCGACUUCCUGGUGGGAGUCACCGUGAUGCCCUUCAGCACGGUGAGGUCUGUGGAGAGCUGCUGGUACUUUGGGGACAGUUACUGUAAAUUCCACACGUGUUUCGAUACAUCCUUCUGUUUUGCUUCUUUGUUUCAUCUAUGCUGUAUCUCUGUGGAUAGAUAUAUCGCUGUUACUGAUCCUCCGACCUAUCCAACCAAGUUCACUGUGUCGGUUUCGGGAAUAUGCAUUGUUCUCUCUUGGUUUUUUUCAGUCACAUAUAGCUUUUCUAUCUUUUAUACAGGGGCCAAUGAAGAAGGAAUUGAGGAAUUAGUAGUUGCUCUCACCUGUGUAGGAGGCUGCCAGGCUCCGUUGAAUCAAAAUUGGGUUUUACUUUGUUUUCUUCUAUUCUUUGUACCCACUGUUGCCAUGGUGUUUAUAUACGGGAAGAUAUUUUUGGUGGCUAAGCAUCAGGCUAGGAAGAUAGAAAGCACAGCCAGCCAGGCUCAGUCCUCCUCAGAGAGCUACAAGGAAAGAGUAGCAAAAAGAGAGAGAAAGGCUGCCAAAACCUUGGGUAUUGCUAUGGCAGCAUUUCUUGUCUCUUGGCUACCGUACAUUAUUGAUGCUGUGAUUGAUGCUUAUAUGAACUUCAUAACUCCUCCUUAUGUUUAUGAGAUUUUAGUGUGGUGUGUUUAUUAUAAUUCAGCUAUGAACCCCUUGAUAUAUGCUUUCUUUUACCCAUGGUUUCGGAAGGCAAUAAAACUUAUUGUAAGCGGCAAAGUCUUAAGGAGUGACUCAUCAACAAUUAAUUUAUUUUCUGAAGAAGUAGAUACAGAUUAA